GUAGCCGGGUGUACAGUAUAAUGGUGGUGUCAAAAGGAAUGUAAUUGCGCGCAAAAUUUGACAGCUUUUCGAAUCUGAAAAUGGAACUAAGUUUUUUUUAAACGGCCAGCGUCUGUAGUGGAUACUUAGCUCUUUUAUAUUUUUUUGUGAAAAUGUUAAGGUUGCCAGUGCUUUGUUUAGUGGUUUUGAGCGCAGUUAUAGUGCGGGAAGUGACGACUUUGAAUGCCGGUGACGUUGGAGUAUGCAUGACCAAAAUAAGCUCCCGGACGAGCAAAAGGGUGACGUUCACGAAGCUCAGCAACAAAUGGUGCGGCAAGAGAAAGUGCGUCGUACGGGUGGCCAGGAUACAGCCAGUAGUGGAGGUGCACGAUCGACUGAUAUGCUGCAGUGGCUUCCAAUACCAAGCCGAGAGUGAUGACUGCGCGCCUCUGUGCACCACGGGCUGCCUCGGCGGCCGCUGUGUGGCCCCCGACGUCUGCCAGUGUGACCCACCAGCUUACCUCGAGCCUGGACACCAGAACACCUGUGUCCACCCCGUCUGUGACCCCCCCUGCCUCAAUGCAGACUGCACGUCCAACAACACCUGCACCUGCCACCAAAACUUCCAACCUUUCAACUCUACCCACUGCCACAACUGUGGACCAGGGUACUCUGUCGCCCCCAACUUGACUUGCAACCCCAUUUGCGACCCUGAAUGCGACGGGGAAUGCACUGGGCCCAACGUCUGCUCCUGUUCCCCUGGGUACAUUGCUGUUGGACACAAGUGCGAGCCAGUGUGUGACCCAGUGUGUGUAAACUCCAAAUGCGUAGCUCCUAACUCGUGCUCCUGCUUCGACGGCUACUCUGCAGUGAACCGCUCUUACUGCGCACCUGUGUGCGAGCGUUGCGACACGAAAUGUACCGCUCCGAACGUGUGUGAGUGCUUCGAAGGCUAUGAGCACAUCGACGGGACUUGCAGGCCGAUCUGCAACUCCAGUUGUGAGAACGGCUACUGUUCCGGCCCGAACGAAUGCUCAUGCAACGAGGGGUACAAGAAGAAUGAAACCACGGGGGUGUGCUCCAAGCCUUGCGAAAAGUACUGCCCUGGCACGUGUACUGUACACGGAGAAUGCCGCUGUGUUGUUCAAUCAACUGACUUAGUUCCCAGGAAAGUGCAAUAUAAGUGCGGCCCGAGAAAAAAACAGAUAUGUACUACAAUGAAAAAAGAGAAAGUGAUAAAAACAUCGUAUAUUUGCUGCGACGGAUGGACCUACCUUGAUGGCAAAUGUGUUGCUAAGUGUGAUCCGGUAUGCCUCAACGCGCAGUGCACGGAUACCAACAAAUGCACCUGCGACUCCGGCUUUGUGCCUCUCAACGAGACCCUCUGCGUCCCUCCGUGCCCUCCCGACCAGUACAACGACCUCUCAGUCCCAGAAUUCCCAUGCAGGUCCAAAUGCACUCAACCCUGCUCUAACGGCACCUGCGUAGACUUCAACAAAUGCUCAUGCAAUUCCGGCUUUAAACAAAAAGACCAGUUUACCUGUGAGCCUAAAUGUGGUGCAUGUGAACAUGGCGUUUGUGAAGCACCUGAGUAUGAAUGCACCUGCUUAUCAGGAUAUGAAAAAGGUGAAGAUGGGCGCUGCGAGCCGAUAUGUGAAGGCUGUGAACAAGGAAAGUGUGUUGCUCCUAACGACUGUCAGUGUCAUGACGGAUAUAGACGAGAAAAUAACAAAUGUGAGCCUGUAUGCCACAACUGCGAACAUGGAAGCUGCAGAGCUCCCAACGACUGCCAGUGCCAUGACGGAUAUAGAAGAGAAAAUAACACAUGCGAGCCCAUAUGCUAUGAUUGCGAACAUGGAAGAUGCGUGGCUCCCAGCGAUUGUCAGUGUAAUGACGGGUAUAGGCGAGAAGAAAACAAAUGUAACCCAGUAUGUGAUGACUGUGAAUAUGGAAAAUGCGUAGCUCCCAACGAUUGUCAGUGUCAAAGCGGGUACAGACGAAAAAACAACAAAUGCGAACCCGUAUGUGAUGAAACGUGCCAGAAUGGUCUCUGCACGGCACCUAAUGAAUGCACAUGCAAGCGUAAUCACUCUCACGAUGCAACAAACAAAUUCAAAUGUAACCCCAUUUGCGAUAAUGCUUGUGUGAACUCUCUUUGCAUUGCUCCUAAUACGUGCAUGUGCAUCGACGGGUUUGAAUCUUCUGGCAACAAUUGGACAUGUCGACCGAGCUGCAAGUCUUGCGACAAUGGACAAUGUUUGGCACCCAACGAGUGUGUAUGUAACAAAGGAUAUGAAAAAAAUGAUAAAGAUAUAUGUGUUCCUGUUUGCAAAUUACCAUGCACUCACGGAGUUUGCACACAACCAGAUUUAUGUGUAUGCAAUCCGGGAUACAAGAUGGAUGAUAUCUCGAAGACUUGUAAGCCAACCUGCGACCAAAGUUGUGUGAAUGGCACUUGUGUUGCGGUUAACGAAUGCGAAUGUUUUUCUGGCUACGAAAAGACCGACGUCGGAAACAUUUGCAAGCCAAUCUGCGCACACACUUCUUGUGUGAACGGAGAUUGCGUUGCGCCCGAUGUUUGUCAGUGUCGCGACGGAUAUGAGUUCGUUAAUGGAACAUGUGGGCCUGUGCCGUUGAUGAACUGCAAGGACUGCGAGGGAUUGUGCAAGGACGGCGUCUGCGCGUGUCCCAACGGCUCUCUGUGCCACCAGGCCGAGUCCGCUUCUACUGACGUGGAGUCUACCCCUACGUUAGCUGGUCUGCAGUUGACGUGGGCGCUGGGAGGGGCGGUGGGGAUCCUGCUCGUCGUCAUCAUGAUGGUGGUCAUGGCUCGGAUCUGGCGCCAGAGGCAAAGAUACGACAAGAAGAAUCCAGACAAACAUGAUGCAGCCUAUGGCAGCGUUCUGUAUCCUCUUGCCAACACUUUGGUACCUCGGGAUCCGACCGACGUGGAUCCUGACUACGAUGACGUAGAACUGAACAAGCAGACCGAUGUGGGUCUUCUAGGGCAUAUACCCACGGAAGACUGUGUCGAGAGGAUAUGAUGACUUUGUUAACCUUUUACCUACAGGAGGCGCCUAUUGAUGCCAAGUCAAAAGUCACUUCUCAAAAUACUGGUGGCAUCUAUCGUUGUUUUGGCAAAGCCAAAAUCACGGUUCACGACAAAAAAUGAGCAUGUAAUUAUGAAACUACAUUAGUUGCAGAAUUAUAUUUCAAAUUUCAAUACCGUAAGUCUCAUACUUUUUAAAAUAUCUUGAUGUAAAGUAAAGCAAAAAUGUUGGCAGCAUAAAAUACCCCGUAUUGAGAGGCGCACUUUGGUUUACAAGAGCCCGUAGGAAAAGGGUUACUGACUAUUAUUGAGAAUGGCUCCAGUGUGAGUUUAGGAACUCUGUAACACGGAGAACGUAGCUGACUGUAGUCAUAUUGUCACUGUUGAUUUCAACCACUGAAACUCCUGUGUAGAUCAUCUAUAAGUAGUGAGUUUUCAGUAGCAUGUGAAGUUUUAUGUAGAAUGUAAUUUAUUUUUUAUAAUGGAUUAUGUAAUUAAAUUUUCAGACUGCAACAUAGCUGUAAAAUAUGCAGUGAAGUACAACGUAAAUGCAGUAGAGGCUCAAUUUUAUUUACCAAAGUUUUAAACGAACUUACAAAAGAAGCUUAAAAGCUUUUGUAUCUCAUAAAUGUACUUUAAACGCCUAUUAUUUACAGUAUUGUUAGUUCAAUUGGUCAAUAAUAAUGAUUUGUUCGUCGCUUCUGUAGUAGCAUACAAAAUACACUGCAAUUUUAAUGUUGAACGUAAGAUAUGUACAAAAAGUUACUAAAAUGUUACAUAAAUGUAGGUACAGUGAAUCUCAGUUGCAAUCUUAGUCUAAUAAAAUAAAUACAUAAUAUUUAUUAACUAACUAACAAACAAAACGUAGAAGUAUGUUUGUCAUUAAAAAAUGACUUAAAAUUGUAUUAUAGGAGACAAUUAAGAAUAAUAAAAUGUAUUAGGUUUAAUUAUUGCACUAUGUAAAUUAAAAAAGUGAUGGCAUUCUUUGAAUGUUUUAGGCUGAGAUGCACCACCUAACUUUAACGGUAACUAUAACGAUAACCGGUGCAUUUUGUAUGGAGUAUGACAGAUUUUUGGCGUUUGUUAAAGUAAGAUGGUGCAACCCAACCUUAACUUUCGUUAUCUCAU